AUGAAUGAUGCUCAGGGUAGUUCUAAUGCUCUGCCUCCUUUCAUCACGAAGACGUAUGAGAUGGUUGAUGAUCCUUCGACAGAUGCUAUCGUCUCAUGGAGUCAGAAUAAUAAGAGUUUCAUCGUGUGGAAUCCACCUGAAUUUUGUGGUGAAUUGCUUCCAAGAUUCUUCAAGCAUAACAAUUUCUCCAGUUUUAUCAGACAACUUAAUACUUAUGGUUUUCGGAAAAUUGAUCCUGAACUAUGGGAAUUUGCAAAUGAAGAUUUCAUCAAAGGUCAACCACAUCUAUUGAAAAACAUCCAUAGAAGAAAACCAGUUCAUAGUCAUUCCAUGCAAAAUCUCUCAAUCAAUGGAUUACCUUCAUCUUCUCCAUUAACCGAAUCAGAGAAACAAAUAUACAAAGAAAAAAUCAAUAAUCUCCAAUACGAAAAAGGAUCACUAUCCUUACUUUUUCAAGAGCACCAACAAGAACAGAAGCAAAUCGAAUCAAAAGCACGCGAAUUAACCGAUCGUUUGAAACUCGCUGGAAAACACCAAAAAGAAAUCCUUUGUUAUUUAAACGAAUUAUUUCAGAAACCCGCGUUGGGGGACACAAAUGACAGAAAAAGAAGGUUGUCCGGUGAAAAUGACGAGGGGCAAAUUUGUCAUUUUGAUAUCCCGAUUCGUGAAAGUAUAACCGUUGAUGCACUUUUGGGAUUGGAUAAUGAGUUAGUGGAGAAAUUGGAAUCAUCCCUUGUGUUGUGGGAGGGUGUAUUGAAAGAAGCUGAAGAUGAUUUUGAUGUGAACCGUGAAAAGGUUAAAACUGCCACCAGUGAAGUCGCCGGAGAUGGGGUGGUGGUGGGUGUUAACGAUGUGUUUUGGGAACAGUUUUUGACUGAGAAUCCGGGUGGUGAUAGAGACAAGAGUGGCAAAGAGUUGGAUCAAUUUGGAAAGUUUUGGUGGAAUAUGAGGAGUGUGAAUAAUUUUGUUGAUCAAAUAGGGCAACUUACUCCACCAGGGAGAACUUGAUAAUGGUAGGUUAUUUUAGGGUUCGAUUAUCCUACGUGGUGGCGUGAUUGUAAAUUUGAGUGAGGGUUUUAGGGUUUUGUACCGGUUUCGAUGAGUUUUAGGCAUCGUUUGUUAUGCAGUACAUGACAUAUGACAGGACAGAACAAGACCAUAUUGUACUGCAUUUCGUGUGUGUUAGACUAGAACUGCGACAUUAGGUAUGACAUGUUGGCUUUGUACUGUAUUUGGCUUACACUGAACUGAAACCGUGAGGAGUCUAUGAGAAACUUGUUUAGUCCGUGGGACGAAGGUUGUAAUAAUUUCCCAUCAAGAGGUGGGAUAGACUUGUUCUUAGUCUUUUGUGUGUGGAAAAGACGUGAACGUCCUUGUCAUUCUUGUGUUGUAAAUAGCUAUGGAAAACUUGUUUAGUCCAGUUCAAUUCAGUUUAGUCUGUAAAAACCGAGGAUGUAGACUAGUGUGUUUUGCUUGGUAUUUGUUAAUUACCAUCUUUUUAAGUUGUAUGAAAGUGGGUGUUGAACUUAGUGUGGGGUCUAAUAAUGUUUUGGAAGUUAUGAAGUUGUUUAUUUGUUUGCAAUGGUUAUAAUAGACUAAAUUAUUAGUAUGUAAUUUAAAUAUACUAGAGAUGGUUAACUAAUUUGUACAAACAGC